UCUCUCUCAGAGUUCAGAUCAAGCUCAUCAUCCAUGGCGACUUCGUCUCUAACAAGGAUAGCGGCCGGCGGCGGAGGUAUGUUGGGCUGCGGGAGGACGCGCCGAUGUGAGUCCGAUCUACGUUCCGGGAGAAACCUCUCGAUGAGGAUCCGGGCGGUGGAUGAUGGGGCUGCUGUGGAGCCAGAUCUGAGCGUGAGAGUCAACGGAUUGGAGAUGCCCAAUCCCUUCGUCAUCGGCUCUGGUCCCCCUGGCACCAACUACACCGUCAUGAAGCGCGCCUUUGAUGAGGGCUGGGGCGCUGUCAUCGCCAAGACGGUAUCCUUGGAUGCUGCUAAAGUUGUGAAUGUAACUCCUCGGUAUGCUCGCCUUCGAACAGGAUCUAAUGGAUCAGCCAAAGGCCAGAUUAUUGGCUGGGAGAAUAUUGAACUGAUCAGUGAUCGGCCACUUGAGACUAUGUUGAAUGAAUUUAAACAGCUAAAAAAAGAGUAUCCUGAUAGGAUUCUGAUUGCCUCCAUUAUGGAGGAAUAUGACAAAGCUGCUUGGCAAGAGCUUAUUGAGAGAGUGGAGGAAACUGGAGUGGAUGCCCUUGAAAUCAAUUUCUCAUGCCCUCAUGGCAUGCCAGAACGAAAAAUGGGAGCUGCUGUGGGACAAGAUUGUGCCCUACUGGAGGAAGUGUGCGGGUGGAUAAAUGAGAAGGCUACUGUUCCUGUUUGGGCAAAAAUGACUCCCAACAUAACAGAUAUUUCACAGCCAGCCAGGAUUGCUUUGAAAUCUGGAUGUGAAGGUGUUGCUGCUAUCAAUACCAUCAUGAGUGUAAUGGGCAUUGAUCUCAAUACUCUUCGCCCAGAACCUUGUGUCGAAGGGUACUCCACACCUGGAGGCUAUUCAGCCAAGGCUGUGCAUCCUAUUGCGCUUGGUAAAGUGAUGAGCAUUGCCCAGAUGAUGAAAUCAGAAUUUAGUGAAGGAGAUUAUUCACUUUCUGGUAUUGGAGGAGUGGAAACAGGUGGUGAUGCAGCAGAGUUUAUUUUGCUUGGAUCAAAUACUGUUCAGGUAUGCACUGGUGUGAUGAUGCAUGGUUAUGGCCUGGUGAAGAAGCUCUGUUCUGAGUUGAAGGAUUUCAUGAGAAAGCACAACUUCUCAUCAAUAGAAGAUUUCAGAGGGGCCUCCCUUCCAUAUUUUACUACACACACUGAUUUGGUUAAGCGGCAGCAAGAGGCAAUCAAAGAGAGGAAAGCAGUGAAAAAAGGCUUGCAGUCCGAUAGAGACUGGACUGGUGACGGUUUCGUGAAAGAGACUGAAAGCAUGGUUUCAAACUAAAGGACCUCAGCAAACAAGGAUUUCUUCUGCCUUCUCUGUCAGCGUAUGGUUUUCAAUAUGAUGAAAACAAGAACUUCACUAUUUAUGUCAAGCAUGUGUUUAUAUUUCUCUGAAUUAUAGCAAACAAUUGUACGAACCAAAUGCAUUUGGCAUCUUGUUAAACUGAAUGAAUGCAUUCUUUGUCAUAAUUACAUA